AUGAAGCAAAAUAGUCAUUCUAGUGAUAAAGAUGGGUGGUCUCAUCUCACUCCCCCUGCAACCAGUCAGAACGGGCCUCGUGAGAUUAUCCCUGGCCACUCGCCUAACAAUGCCUUCGAUAAUCCUUCUGGAAUACAUGGUAAUUCCUUUCUGUUUUUCGGCGCUGGUAUUGAUCAUGAUACGAGCUUCAGCUCCCAACCCCAAUGCUCUCAAGGGCUCUCAAAGGAGCUGGACAGCAUGGAAUCCGCUCCCGGGUGUCCUAUUAUGCUUACUAGGAAUUCAAUGAACCCACAGUUUCUUGAAUGUUUCCAGUACCAAUACCAGCCUUGUUCUGUAAUUGGUCAAUAUGAUUGCGAAGAACCCCCGGUGCCGCUCUUGGAUAGACAGGGCUCCAACCCUUUCCAGACGACGAGCUCUGCUCCUAUUGAGGUUCCACCAGGUAGUUCAAGAAUCCCCGAGAUCUGCCUGAACUCUGCCGGCAAUACAUGUACCGAGUCAGAGUACUACUACUCCAGCUCAUAUUCAAGUGGGCAGGAGGGCAGCUAUCCCGGCACUCCGCACACGCCAAGCGUGAAUAGCCCCCGGAGCGACGCAGGUUCUUUUGCUCAAAUGCAUGACGAAAGACAGCCGAGCUUUUCAUACAUGUCAGCUAGCUCUGCUUCUACCUACGCGACUUCCUGCGAUGGAUAUGAAGACGAUGCUACGCCAUCGGGCUUUGAUCGUAACCCCGGUGCCUGCCUCCUCGAGCAGCCAAGCAGCCAAUAUCUCCAGCCAGGGCCACUGGCCCACUCGUAUACCUACCCCUUGGGAAGAGAGAAUCGAUCUGUUUCAAACUUCAUUGGCAGCACCUUUUCACGGAGAUCCAGUGAUAUAGCACCAAACUGUUCCACUCCAACAGGAGAAGUUGGAACGGAUACCCUCCAGACCUCUCACACUUCCCCUAUCGUUAUUUCAGAUCGCCCUCGCAGCUCAUCCGACUCUUGCCAGACUCGCCCGCCUCGUCAAAGCUUAAAAAGAGCGAGGGAUUCCGAUGAAUCCCAAGGGAAAAAUGAGCAAUUGGACGAAGAACCCGUUGUCGGCCCUGACAUGGAAGGUGCCCCAUUGGAGCCUCGUAGGGCUCGUGGUAAGCGACAAGGUCCUCUUUCAGAAACCACGAGAAGUGGACUCAAAAGAUCGCGAACAGAUGGAAAUACGUGCCUCAACUGCUGCCUCAGCAAGGUCAAGUGUGACGGGACAUGGCUCUGUAUCCGAUGUGCUCAAGGCUUUGAUGGGCGGGUCGUUCCCAUGUGCACCAAGGCUCACUUCAAAGACAUGAUUAAGAAAAUGUCGACCCUCUCUAGUAUGCCACCCUCAAUCCGCGCGCCGAUCUUCGAACUAUUGCAGUUUCCAGUCAGCCUUGAUGAAGUGGACAUCUCUCACGAGACCCUUGGCAAGAUCAAGGACAUCAGUGCCGACUGGAAUCUCGAGAUCUACUACAGAGUUUCCAGGCUACGCACCAUCGAUAUGGAAGAGAUGUGGCGGUCUCUAGCAACUUUGCAGAAGGCAAGAUUGAGUCCAAUCCCUUUCCCCGCCGUCUUCGACAAACAUUAUUCCCGAGGCUCGCGCCCAGAGAAGGUUUUCCUUCGCGAGGGAAACCUCCCUGGCCACCUUAGGAUGUAUGUCCGAUGGACUAAUGUCCUAAAAUUUACCACCCUGCAUCAAGUUUCCAAAAGAGGAGAGAAGAUUGAGAGAAUUGCUCCUAAUGGCCAGAUCUAUCAUAUUCUGACCCAGGUAGUCCUGAUCGAGCUGCGCAGAUUCGAGCGUAACAUCUAUGAAGUUCUCUCUAAAAGCCUCCAUCAACAGGGACCAAGAGUUAAUGAUCCAAAUGCGGUACCCGAGCUGGUCACCUCGCUCGGUUAUCUCCUUCUCUCACUCCGCUGGCAGAUAUGCGUCUGGAAGAGAUACCGACACGCUCUGGCCCGGGAUAUCAAUCAGGGGAAGCGAGAGCUACGCUUCGCAUUGAUCCAGGACAUCUGCAGGAGAUUGUACCCGUACUAUUUCCUUUGCCGAGAUCGAUGCUCGCCAGAACCGGCCGACGUGGUGCCCGGGAUGGAAACGCACUAUGCCAACAUGGCGGGAAGCAUUCGUGAGAAUUUCCCAACUGACCUUUCCGAAGACGGUUUCAAAGCAUGGAUCCGUGAUGGAGACAACACAGUGAGCAACUGCCGAGUUGACGAGCAAUCUCUUAUCCAGUCGAUCCUUUAG